AUAAGUUCAUAUUCUUAGUGAAGAUUAAUAAUAAAAAAAAAAAAAAAAAAUCAAGCAAAAUGUCCAAGAAGGGUGUGUACAGACAAAUUUAUGUCACUAUAGUCGCGACGUUGUCGAUAUUCAUCAGCGGCAUGUGGCUGGGAUGGCCGAGCUCGGUGGUGGAGAAGUUUAUCAAGCACGAGACGGACUUCAACGCGACCAUGGAAGAGUUGUCGUGGAUCGUGGCCACGAUGGACCUGGGGAACGUGGUCAGCCCGCUGAUGGCCGGCUACCUGAUGGACUUGGUCGGCCGGAAGCUCAGCACCGUGGUGCUCGGGCCGCUGUUCAUAGUCACGUGGGCGCUGACGCUGUGCGUGCCCACGGCCUGGGCGCUGUACACGGCCCGCUUGCUGGCCGGCAUGGGCAAGGGCAUGUCGUACACGGUGGUGCCCGUCUACCUGGGCGAGAUAGCGUCGCCCGCCAUACGCGGGGCCCUGGGGAGCGUGUUCUGCUUUCAGCUGCACUUCGGCUUCCUGGUGGAGGCCAUCGUCGGGCCGCUGGUGUCGUACCGCGCGCUGAACGCCAUGUCGGCCGUCGUGCCGGUCCUGUUCUUCGUCACCGUCGUCUGGCUGCCCGAGUCGCCGUACUACUUGCUGAAGCGCGGCCGCCGGCCCGAGGCGGCCGAGUGCCUGCGGUGGUUCCGGGGCGGCGGCGACGUGGACCGCGAACUGGACCGGAUGGCGGAAAACGUGCGCCAGGAGAUGGAGAACCGGUCCACGUUCCGGCAGCUGUUCACCAGCCGGAAGGACAUGCGGGCGCUGUCCAUCGUGGUGGCCGCGUGCACCACGCAGCGGGCGGGCGGCAUCAGCUGCAUAAUGGCCUAUUCGGCGCUCAUACUGCCGAACACUGCGCAGCUGUUGAACAAACACGAGUCGGUCAUGGUGUUCGCCAUCACGCUGGUCGUGGUCAACUCCGUGGCCGUGGCGCUGGUGGACAGGGUUGGCCGGAAGCCGCUGCUGUUGGUCUCCCAAGUGGGCCUAGGCGCGGUCACGCUCACGUUCGCCGCGUUCUUUUACUGUUCGCACGGCGACGGCGGCGGCGGCUGGGUCGACCGCGAGUUCGCGUGGCUACCGUACCUCUGCCACUUGAUGUUCGCCGUCCUGUUCGCGACCGGCGUGGGGUUCGUGCCGGUCGUGUUCCUCGGCGAGUUGUUCCCCGUCAACAUCCGGUCGCACUGCUCGGCCAUCGCUUCCAUCACACUGGCGUUCUGCUCGUUCGUCACCAACAAGAUGUUCCUGUUCGUAUCCAACCACUACGGGUUCUACGUCAUGUUCGUGCUGUUCACCGUUGUCAAUUUCGCCGGCGCGUUCUACACGUACAAGUACGCCAUCGAGACGAAGAACAUGACGUUCCAAGAGAUUCAAGAGCAGCUGCAGGACACCGUUGGGCCCCGGCGAGAAAAAUCCGACCAAAACGAUAUUUGAAAAUGUACAAUUUUGUAAUUAUUAAGUAUAGGCGAUCUUUUAGAAAGUACAACGCGACGGAAAAAUCGCAAAAAGAUAUUUCCAAGACUUCUCGAGAACGUGUAGAAAUUCGGCGUGGAGAUUCAUACUGAAAUCAAGAGAACAAAUUAUUGUUUACGAAUCAUAAAGCUACUUUACUGGUGUAUGAAAUAAAUUUUUUUUUACUUAAUUAUCAUUUAAAAAGCAUUUAUACUGCAUUAGUACAAUAUAUGUAUAAGACAGAAAUUAGGUUUUAAUUGUAGGACAUUCGAAUAUGUAUGUAUAAAUUAAAUAUAUAUUUUAUAAGGUUUCAUCAGUAAUUGAAUUGUAUGCAAGUAGGGGUGACUGGGUAUAAUAGUUGUAACAGUUUUUAUAAAACUAAUUAUUUCUACUAAAAUUCAAAUUUAUUUUUUAUUACACUUUCAAUUAGUAAAGUAAUUUGUUACCUUUAAAAAUAUGUAAGUAUCAAACCUUUGUUUCCAUAGAUUAUUGAGUAAAUAUGAGUAUGGAAAAAAUCUGUUACGAUUGUGCUUUAAACAUGAAUAAUUGUAGUAGUA